AUGUUACAUGGCCUGCCUGGGACUCACUUAUCACAUGGACGAUCAGCAACCUCUUACAAUAGACGACGAGCGAGCAACGCUUGCCUCGUGUGCCGGUCGCGCAAAACCAAAUGUGAUAAUCAGCGGCCAAGAUGCGGCUUUUGCGUCUCAAACGGGGGAAAUUGCCGCUAUGUAGACUCAGACCCCUCUCAGCUCGAUCGCUCUACCCUUACGAUUCUUGAACGAAUUAGCCAGUUGGAAUCAUCACUCAUCAACCAUAUUGAUUCCAAAUUGGAAGAUAGAGCUUUCUCACCUACCAACGAGCAAUUCCCGGGUGAGCCAAGAGACUUGCAUGAUUAUGCCUAUCAAACCCAGGGGCACAUAGUAACUUCAAGACCAUAUGAAAGCCCAACCACCGGAUCCGUCGAUUGGAGGUCCCCUGCUGUGAGUGGAAUCGUCCAAAACAAUCCGGGUACUCCCGUCGUCGUCCCUUCGGAUGACGCACCGCCAUCAGCUGAAGUACUACUUCGGGCAUCUGAAAUGUCAAUCGAGUCUAUAUUGAAAUGGCCAAUCUUCCCGGAAGCUGCUCCACAUCUGGUCGCAACGCUUGAAAUUCCACUCAUCGAAGUCGUCGACCGACCAAGGCCAAACAAUAUACGCCAGCAAAGUUCAGCACUUCCGGAUCUCAGCCCUGACACCAUCAAUUGCCUCGUUCAGAAUUUUCUGAAUAACAAUCACAUUAAAAAUCCCGUUUUAGAUGUCAAGGCACUUUGGGCUGAUGCCAGAGAAUUUGCCGAGUCAGGUCCACAAUGGGAUGCAAGAAGUUGUUUACUAUUGCUUGUCUGCGCAAUCAGUACAUUGUCAGCACCACUCACCGACGAACUUUCGCCCGGAGUUUCCAAGCAACAAGAGAGACUCUUAACAGCAGAGGCGUACUUUCUAGCGUCCCAACGACGUAUUGGGAUGCUCUGCCACGAGAAUUCGUUCAUCGGGGCACAAUGCUCAUUUCUAAGUGCGGUGUAUCUGUUGUCAACAUUGAGAAUCCUUGCGGCGUGGAAAUGUUUUGUCCAAGCAGGGUCACAAUGCCUAGCAUGGCUGACUAGUCAAGGUCGUAUGACUCGGGAUAACAAGCUGAAAGCAAAUAUCUCUUUCGGGGGAGAUAUGCUAUGGCAGCAGAAUGAGAACGAAAGGGCGCAUCAUAUAGAGGAAAGCUUAUAUUGGAGCUGUCUGAAAAGCGAAAUGUUCCACCUGAGGCUACCUGGCUCAGGUCUCGGAGAGGUCGACUAUCCUCAUCUUUAUCCAUCGCCCCCACAGGAUGUGCCAGAUAUUUAUGAUCACACUUCUCCAUCUUCGGCGAGUUCGCGGUCGUUCUCGAACCCAGAACAAACGCAUGUGGAUCGCCAGAAUCUGCAGCUGGCCUGGUACUUCUACCUUGCAGAAAUUGCAAUGAAGCGAAAAUUAAACAACCUUCUGGUUUGGCGAUACGAUAACAGAUCAGAGGGAGAAUUAUUAGACCAAAAGAGCAAAGACCUCAGGUUGCAACGGAGUGUAGUCGAAUUUGAAAGGCAGAAUGAAGACUGGUAUCAUAUGUUGCCAGCGCAGAUGAAGUUCCCGCAGGAUUCGAACGUGCCGUCAAAUGAUAUUCUCCGUCUCAUAUUGCGUGGACAUAUGAAUGACAUCAGAGAUUUCGUUCGAUUUCCAGCACUCGAAGAAGUCCUUGCAUUAAACCCACAUGCUCUCCUGAGAAGCUUCAGUCCAGUCCAGCUCCAGCUUACUCGGGAGUGCUUACAGAUAGCUGUAGAAAGCAUAGAAGCAAAUCGAGAGUCAUUCUUUCAUCGCCACCAGGGCACAUGGUUGAUGGCUCGAACUUGUACCAGGAGUUCCCUGAUAUUGCUAGCCAUGGCUUUGAGAUGCCAGGCGGAAGCACAAUCUACUGGGGUAAUGGCCAUAGAGUUGGAAGAAAUGAUGCUGCCAUCGCGGUGGAGAAAGGUUGUUGAGCAGACAGUUGAGGUACUUAAGUAUUGGUCGGAUGAGAGCAAUGAUUUGGCGCGAUUGAAUGACCUGUUGCGGGACUUACUUCACACGUACGAUUCAUGA